AUGGCAAUCAGGUUCGACAGGAGAAUUUUCCGUGAAAGCGGUCAAGCAUCUUGGAGAAUGGAGAUGGAUAAGUUUCCUACCGGUGAAGCUUUGAGAAAAAGGAAUAUCAUGAUCGAGGACUCCACGUGCCCGUUAUGCGGUUCGGAUGAAGAAACUUCGGAACACUUGUUUAUAUCCUGCAGCAUCGCUUUUAUCGUCUGGAAUGGUGUGUCAUCAUGGUGCAAAAUUCCUAACAUUUUUGUUUUUUCGAUCACGGAUCUUCUCGGAAUUCUUGCGGGUCUAAGGGUUUCGGAGAAAAAGAAGGAAGCGGUUCAAGGUAUCAUUAUGCUCGUUGUUGGAGUUUAUGGCGUGCUAGAAACAACCUUAAAUUUUCUAACACUCCGGUUAAGAUAG